CAAUUAAAAACAGUCCGAUGUUUCUGUAAUUGCUGAAUCUGCUCCGAAGUUGUCUGACGGGGAGGCAACAGAGGAGGAACCAGGAAAGAGAAAAUUCAUUCGCUGUCAGAGCAGAAUUGCUGACAGUCAGUGGAGUUAGGGAUCAGCCCAUCCCCUAUAAAAAAAGUGAAAGAGAGACAGUAACUCAGCUCAGCCGGGAGUGGAGAUCUGACAACAGUGGAGAUCUGACAGCAGCUGGGAUAUCCGAGGUGCACACCGGACAGGAGUCGGACCUUUUGCAGAGAUGAUGCUUCUCUUCCUGUUGGUUUUAAGUCUGAGCUUGCAAUGCCAGACUGAUGCUAGGCUGAGCAGGAGCUUCAUCGAAAACAAGGUGGAGACUGCAAAGGCCAGAGUAGACGCGGACUACUUGUACUCCAGACAAAUUUCCCUUGAACGAGUGAGAAGGGAUGCUUCCACCCCCUCGGACUUCCUGCGGCUGAUGAAGCAGCCUGAAGGUGUGCCCAGACAGGCCGUGAGGGCAGCGGACUACAUGGAUUACACCGUGGAGCUCAUCACCAAGUCUCUGCAACGGCGCCACAAGCGAUCCAUCAACGCCACAGAUCUGCUCUCCGACGAGGACCUGCAGACCAUCGCUGAGCUGACAGGCUGCACUCCACUCCAGCGACCGCCUUCCUGUAACACUAUUCCGAAUUUGAACCUUUAUCGCACUGCAACCAGCGUCUGCAACAAUAGAGUGAACCCUCGCUGGGGAUCAUCCAACAGACCCUUGACCCGCUGGCUCCCUGCUCAGUAUGAGGAUGGCAUCUCUAGGCCCAGAGGUUGGACCCCAAGUGAAAAUAUCAACGGAUUCAUGCUUCCAUUGGCCCGGGCAGUGUCCAACCGUAUCGUGGCAGCUAACGAUAUGGUACCGACUGACCCCCUCUACAGCCACAUGGUGACAAUCUUUGGGCAGUGGACUGACCACGACCUGUCCUUCACCCCCCACUCUCCUGUCAUCCGCUCAUUCAACGACGGCAUUGACUGCGAUGACAGCUGUGAAAACACAGAGCCCUGCUUCCCCAUCCAGAUUCCCAGUUUUGACCCCCGCUUUGGCAGGAACUCAAGUGAGUGCAUACCUUUCUUCAGGUCAGCACCAGCUUGUGGUUCUGGAGAGACAGGCAGCAUCUUUGGCAUGAGAAACAUCCGUCAGCAGAUGAACACCCUCACGGCCUACAUGGAUGCAGGUCAGGUCUACGGUGCUGAUGAUGCCAAAGCUCGCUUGCUCCGCAACCUCACGACAGACCAGGGCCUAUUGAGGGUCAACACGAUGUACACAGACAACGGCCGUGAGCUUCUGCCAUUCAGCAGCAUGGACCCCAGAAUAUGUGCCACCCGAGGGCGCAUAACUAACGACAGCGAUGCAGAGGAGGUGCCCUGUUUUUUGGCAGGUGAUUCACGUGUAAAUGAGAACAUUGCGCUGACUUCUGUACACACCCUCAUGCUGCGUGAACACAACAGACUUGUCCGUGCCCUGGCUCAACUCAAUCCUCACUGGAACGGAGAGAGACUGUACCAAGAAGCCCGCAAAAUCAUGGGAGCAUAUUUUCAGGUUAUCACUUACAGAGACUAUUUACGCCUGAUUGUUGGCCCAGACUUCAUUGCCUCGCACCUGUCCACCUACCCUGGGUAUAACGAGACUGUGGAUUCAAGCAUCUCCAAUGCGUUUGCCACGGCUGCCUUCCGAUUCGCCCACCUCCAGGUUAACGCGUUCAUAUUCCGUCUGAAUGAGACAUACCAGGAGCACCCUGAAUUCCCCCAUGUGAUGCUGCACAGAGCUUUCCGAGCACCAUGGAGGGUCACCUUUGAAGGUGGUUUGGACCCAAUCCUGAGAGGGCUGGUAGGCGCGAGGGCCAAGCUGAACACUCAAGAUCAGAUGAUGAGUGAUGAGCUGAGGGAAAGGCUGUUUGAGUUCAACAAUCAUGUGGCACUGGAUCUGGCAUCACUGAACUUGCAGAGAGGGCGAGACCAUGCACUUCCUGGCUACAAUGAAUGGCGCAAGUUCUGUGGACUGUCACAACCACAAAAUCUGUCACAGUUGGCAGAAGUGCUGAACAACACAGACCUGGCCACGAGGCUGCUGGAUCUCUAUGGCACAACCGACAACAUUGAUCUGUGGCUGGGAGGUGUGUCUGAGCCGUUUGUCAGAGGAGGAAGAGUUGGACCCCUGUUCGCCUGUCUCAUUUCAACACAGUUCCAAAAGAUCCGUGAGGGAGACCGAUUCUGGUGGGAGAAUGACGGUGUCUUCACUGAGGCUCAGAGGGAGUCCCUGGCAGAAACAUCACUUGCCAGGAUCAUCUGUGACAACACCGGCAUCACUGAAGUACGAGAGACCUCUGCUGUUCCGACCUCGAGGCAGUGGUUACACUCAGUGCAUGGACAUCCAGCCUUUGACCUGAGUCCAUGGCAGGAGAACAAGUAA